AUGGAGAUAGAUAAUCUUAAAUAGUACAACAAUACAAUUAGUUGCUAUGAUAAAGCAAUCCAAUUAAAUCCAAAUGAUGCAAUAGCUUAUAAUAAUAAAGGUAAGCAAUUUCUUGAUUAUAUAAGGUACUGCUUUACAGAAUAUUAAUAAAUACAACAAUGCAAUUGAUUGCUAUGAUUAAGCAAUCCAACUAAAUCCUAAUUAUGCAAAUGCUUAUCGUAAUAAAGGUUGCAAUUUAUUCAUUGUCUUAGGUUAUUUAUUAACAGAUAUCAAGAAUUACUAAUAAGCCAUAGAAAAUUACAAACAGGCAAUUAAAUCUUGCAAAUCAAAUUAAAAUGAAUUCAGGCGUCUAAUUAUUGAAUUAAUAGGUUUAAAAUGA